UGGUACAGUUAGUUGGCCGAAUUUUAGUCGGGACCAUGGCUAGCCUAUCGUUCCAUCGUCCCGCCUCUGGUCAUGCUGCUGCUGCUGGUGCUGGUGGCGGUUUUGGAAAUGUUGAAUAUGACUCGUUACCAUGUGAAGUUGACGGAGCUCUGAGAGCGGUAGAGGCCGGGAUAGCAAUAGACGAGACCGCGGGUGAUAUGCAGUCCCUCCUGCUGUAUGGGGGUGGCGGCUCGAUCACGGGAACUUCGACCUACACAGUGUUCGGUGACUACUCGAGGCCUCCUGCUAUCACAGAGGAUACUCAGGAGUUGCAUCAGUACGUGUCGGCUGGGGAGUCGUGGGCAACUCCUGAUGAGGAGGGGGAGUGGGAAAGGAUGGGCGUCAUAAGCGAGCUGGGCCGACAGUGGAAGUCCAGGGGCUCGACUGUGGUCAUAUGGGACCCUCUCAAGUGCGGUCACGAUGUUGUAGAGUUCAAAGUGUCGGACGAUCCUGACGACUCAGUGACGGCCCUGUGUGUAACGGGAUGGAGGGACUCAGUAGCGUUGGCGGUGGCCGACAUGAACACCAACUUGCAGCACACAAGGCAUCAGGGGCGGAAGUGGAUCAUGGCUGUGUCCACUGUCACUUCGGUCUACCUCCUGGUCCUGAGCGUCUCGGAUGCUGCACAGUCCCUGCAGCCACCGAUACGCUACGCGAGCGUGUCCUUACCUGGGGAGGCUACUGAAGAUGAGGCCAACCGCUUUGUCUGUCUCUGUGGUACUCCUGGUGGGGCGAUCUACGCUGGAGCAUGCGACGGUAGCAUAUGGGAAAUUGAGUAUGUGACUGAGUCGGAACUUUGGCGGCAACAACAGGCCAGCCAGAAGCACGGCGGCGCCGACUGCUCUCGGCGUUCGGGGGUGGCUCUAGUGGGAACGGUUUCACAGACCAGACCCUUUUCGUCCCAUCUCCCUGGUAUCUUCCGAAGCGUAGUCUCUCGAGUAGUAACCUUAUCAGGUCCAGUAGCCCAAGUUGCCUUUGAUACCUCUCGGUCCCUACUGUAUGCCCUGGGUUCCGACACCCAUGAUGGUGGUGGUCGGGACAUCACAGUCCUUCGAAUAGACCCUAAGGACGGCGUUAGACAUGUCGCUGAUGUCUUACACAGUUCUAUAUUGACCGCACUCCGCAAUAUGGGUACUGCAGCGUACGGAGGCUCUCGUGUUGCUCGGGCAAGGGCAUUCUUCUCAUCUGCUCGGAAGAACAACGCCGCGGAUAUUGUUGAGAUAUUUCCCAUCCCCUACGCUAAAGGCGGAGACAUCUGUCUGCUGGCGGUCCUUAGGGGUGGCUCUCGAGUGUACCUUCGCAUCUGGGGCUACGAGUCCCCGACCCAUUCUGGACUCUAUCACCGUCAGCUCGUGGACCCAGCGAAGAGAAUCCCUUCUAGGCUCGUGGUCGGCUUGGUCCGUCCGCCGGAUAGGUCCCCAAUCCUAUCUGUGCGUUCCUGUGCCACGACAGAGUCGGGCUCGGUUACGAUGCUGGACGAAUGUGGAACUGUAGUGGUGGUCACGCCAGACUACUCAGCAUUGGCUCGACGGUGUGUUGGAGGGGCAGGGGCGAUAGGGGCUAUGCUGGAGGGGUAUACUGUCAUUGAUGGUGGAGGGGCUGGCCUUACUCAUGUGUUCACACGAGACGGCAUCGAUAAGGCAGACCCCGAGAUGCCCAACGAUCUCUGCAAACAGGGCCAGCCUGAAGACACUCCUGAGGCUGUCGUAUUGGUCGGGGCCACGUCCUUCUGCCGACUACAGAUGGUUCGCCCAAUAGACAGACUAUUCCGUAUCUUAGCUGCUCAGAACAUCCAUCUCCUUCGAGACUUCGUCACACGGUAUACUGCAGUGGAGACGGCCUCUCUCAUAUGGCAGCUCUUGACAACGCAUAACCUCAAGAGUGGCGGUGCUGCGAAGCGACUCGCCCGGCGAGACAUGAGCAGCGGUCCAGGAGAAGUGUAUGCGGCCCUCACUGGUGGCGGGAGAUCGGGGCCUAGCGCUUCCCCUCGAGGGUCCUUCCAAGGCCUCAGCUCUGGGGAUGGCUCGGGUAUGCAAGGGUCAUUGGAUGCCUCUGGUAUAUCGAGCCUGGGAGGAGGCGCUGGUGACUCCCUCUUCAUGGACGGCGAGGAGACGGCCGAAGACAGGCGGUCCUGGGCGGCCCAUAAGGCAGCCUGUGUCUCAGCAGCGGAGCAGGCGUUGUUCUCCCCUGAUAUAGCGUCUAAGCUAGGUUUCAUCGACCCCUUCGGCUCGACAGCAGCUAACAUGGCUGAUAAUGCAGCGUUUGGAGGAAACCUUGCGCUGGGCGCCGGAACCCUUCAGCGGACGGCACUGGGUUCUCUCUCGCAGAGUGUGCGUAUGCCGACUGCCGAGGGAACUGCAGUGAUCGAUUCGAGCCUGUCGCCGAGAUUGCGAGGCCUCUGCCUAUACAUUUCUAGACUCGUACGGCCGUUCUGGAAGACGCCCCUGAUGUCCCUGCAGGAAGUGCCGGUCUCAGGAGGAACGAAACGGAGGCGACAGGAUGAGGAGGGUCGCAGUGGGGACACACAGACUGUAUUGCGGCCUGUUCUCAGUCUUCGUCAGAGGCAGAGGGCCAAGCACACCCUCACUGCGGUAAGUAAGCUACUCGAGCAGUAUUCGACCGGGCUUUCCGAAGUGGGAGAGCUACCGUGUGUGAGGCAGUUGAUCACUCUUAUGCAGGUCGCCAGUCAGGGGCUCGAACUUCUGCAGUUGUUGGGGGAAGGAGGCGGCUCGAGGAGAGCUGAUGCGACGGCCGAGAUGAGGAAGCAGCAAACCGAUACCCUUAUGUCCAUGAGAGACAUGUACUUCAAUACGACCAUCACCAACCCUGAUGUCUGCCGCCCUCUGGUGGCUAAUCUCAUACAACUUGGUCUCCUCUCUGAGGGUACUGCUAGGAGACGAUUCCCUGCAUUGGUGCCUCCGUUGCGGCUCAUGGGACCUCAGGGGAGAGAGGUGGGUCAAGCUCAGCUCCCUGAUGGGCGCACUCCCGGACGAGAUCUGGAGACGAUGAACUUGACGCCUAAUUCGGAACCCCAGCAGGGAUUCAGCGCAAACUGGGCGAGCCUGCCUACAGCUGCUGAUCGCUACGUGCAAUGGACAGGAGUUAACCCACCAGCUACUAGGAAUCAUGUACUCGGCCGUUCGAAGGGCGGUAAUUCACUGGACUUGUGGAUGAACAAGUCCAGGCAGCAUUCCUGA